AUGGACUCUCUCAUCGCAGCAAAUACCAAGUUUUGCUUUGAUCUGUUCCAAAAGAUCAGCACAGAUGAUUGUCGGAAGAACAUCUUCUUCUGCCCGCUGAGCCUCUCGGCCGCACUUGGCAUGGUCCGCCUGGGAGCCAGGAGCGGCAGCGCGCGCCAGAUCGACCAGGUACUGCACUUCAACGAAUUGUCCCAGAAUAAAGGGAACGAGCCAGAUCCCUGUCUGAAAAAAGCAGAGCAGGAAGUGCCUGCUGACAGCAACCUGGAAGGGCAGAAGGAAGUGGCGGGGCCUCUGACGCUGCAGACCGAGUCUUCAAAGGAUGAGAGUGGACUGCUCAGCUGCUAUUUCGGACAGCUUCUCUCCAAAUUAGCCAGGAUCAAAGUCGAUUACACCCUGAGUGUUGCCAACAGGCUUUAUGCGGAGCGAGAAUUCCCAAUCUGCCCGGAAUACUUAGAUGGCGUGAUUCAAUUUUACCACACGACAGUUGAAAGUGUUGAUUUUCAGAAAGACACUGAAAAAUCCAGGCAAGAGAUUAACUUCUGGGUUGAAUCUCAAUCCCAAGGUAAAAUCAAGGAACUCUUCAGCAAGGACAGUAUCAACAAUGAGACUGUGCUGGUGCUGGUGAACGCUGUCUACUUCAAGGCCAAAUGGGAGAAAUAUUUUGACUGCGAAAACACGGACGAUGCCGUUUUUUCUCUAAGUGAGAGUGAAAAGCAGAACGUGAAGAUGAUGAACCAGAACGGGCUGUUCAGAAUUGGCUUCGUGGACGAGCUGAAAGUGCAGAUCCUGGAGCUUCCGUACACGAAGGGGAAGCUCGAUAUGGUCGUGCUGCUGCCGUCUGGCUCCGCAGACAACCUGAAGGCCCUGGAAGAGGAUCAUUUUGAUACAGGAUGGAAGAAACUGACAGAAGAAUGGACUCGGCGCAGGGUCUAA